AUGUAUGCAACGUGUUAUCUCAUUGGCACCAACUACCUCUCAACAAAUUCCACAUUGACACUCGUGACAAAAGACUGUGUUGACGAAGGGUCAUGGUCUAGCAAGAGUCCCGGCAGUACAGCCACAGACAAGGCUCCGGCCUCCUCGCUGGACCGGAGUAGUCGCUAUGGAUCCACCAACCUCAAGACCUCGGGAAGCACCUCCUCAACCUCCACCUCCAGCUACCGACCCCUGACGGCAACCUCGGUACGGGAUAGAGCCGCCCAGCUCGAUACCUCACCCACCUCCGACAAACCGUCCAUCAGGGAGAAGUACGCCAGUAGGAGUUAUGGGGUGGACUCGAUUCUGAGGAAGAGUCCCGAGCCUAAACCCGAGGCCAAAGUAUCCACGUCAACCUUCAAGAGGUACGGGUCAGGAUACAGCCCGACUUCAGAAACCCCGACCCUCAGGUUCGGCAGCACCAGCAGAUUUGGAGGCCAAAUAGCACGGAGUCCUAUCACGGAAAAGUCCCCGACUGUCUUCGGAGUUUCUGGAUACUCGAGGACGAGGGACUCUAAGGAUGAGAAGGAAGAGAAAAGUGAAACUCCAACGGAGAUGAUGACCGUCAUCACGAGGGGGACGUCGCCGACUCCUCCAUCUAACUCAACAUUCCUACGGGCGAGGAGGGCAGAGAUGGACAGAACGAUAGAAAAGACGAUACCGAAGUUGAAACCUAGACAUACUAAAUAUGACGUGGAAUGUCAAACGGAUGAAAAAUGCAUAGAGGAUGCAAAAUUAGAAAGUAAGUUGUCAGCAGCGAGUGCUCUGACCUCAAGGACUCCAUCACCGUCAUCGUCAUACUCUAGAUUCUCCUCGGUUAACACCAAAUAUACUCCGAGAACAUCCGCCUAUCACGGUACAAGGCCGACAGAGUUGAGUUUGAAAUCAAUGUCGGUGAAUAAGGCUACAAACCAAGAAGACGCUAAGACGGAAGAAAGUCCAAAGGACGAAAAGAUCAAGAGGUUAGAGGGUAAAGACACCACGCGAAUAGGAGGUUUCAGUUACGCGAGGCCAACGGAUCUACCAAUGGCUUUAAACAAAGCGAUGGCAGACACCGAUAAAGGAGAUGGGCUAGUAUCACCAUCGAAGAUUAGGAGCAUCUCUCCACAAGCUCCAAAAUCUCCUAGAAGUAGUUUAUCGGGUGAUGAUAUAAAUAAAUCGUUUAAGAGUACGUUAAAUAGAGCAAGUAGUUUAGAUAGGUCUAAUGAAGAUACUUCAAAACAUUCCAUUAAAGGUGAGGUACAUUCACCUAGCAUUGCAACAAUUCCAAAAAUACCUUUAUCUCCUUCGAUAUCUUCAGUCAAGCUGACAUCACCAGACAGAACGAAACUUCCUCCCCCUAGUCCAAAAGUUGAAUCUAUUAAGACUUUACCAAACAAAGAUUUUAGAAAAUCCGAAUUAAAUAUGAAUUUAUCUAGUUCAAAUGAAUCACUAAAUUCUCAGAAACUAAAAAGUCAAAAUGGGUUGGAACGGUCUCCCUCAACAAAAUCUCCGGUAAAGCUACAAACAAGUAAGUCAUUAGCAAAAUUACCAUCCAAUUCACCAUCUCCAAAACUGGUGGCAUCUCCGAAUCAGCUGAAGCCUACGUUCCUUACAACAAUUAAAAAGACAGAUACAACAGAGUCGAGCAGUGACGAAUCUAGUUCAACAGGAAGCUCGUCCGAAACCGAGAGUGAGUCAAGUGAGAGUGAAAAUGAUGAGCCGCCAAAUCUCAAAUCAAACUCUUUGACAUCUAAAUUAGCUGGUUCAAAAAUAAGCCUAGCUUCAUCAAGAACAUCUGCGCAAAUGUCAUCGGCUGAUGAAGCAUCCGUUUCUACGGAUAAACCCCCGAAACCACCAGGUAUAAAAACAGUCAAAGAUGACAAGCGGAAUGAAGAAGCCAAAGCUGUUGUAGGUAAGGCUCUGGCCCCAGUGACUGCUCCUAUGAAGGUGAAGUACUCGGGAUCGAGCGCCGAUGAAACCUCUGACAAGGACAAUUCAAAAGUUUGUACAAAAGGUUCUAAACCUCCAAGCCCAAUAAGUAACAACAAAUUAGAGAAAAGCUCUUCUAAGACUUCCAUUUCCAGUGAAAAAAGUGGAUACAAAAUUCAGCCCGUUCAAUCAGGCGAAAAAACGCGGUGGUCACAAAAUUCAUCAGACAGUUUAGACAGUAAUAAAAUAGACAGUUUAAGCAGGGAAAACAAUCUAGCUGCCAACGACAUAGCAGGUAUGAACCAACGUAACCAGGAAAAUGGUACAAGUCCAUCUCCAGUUCCCUCAUUACAAAAGAGUGCUUCCAAGUCGUCAUUAGGGAAACUUGACAAGAGUGGUUCCAAGUCAAGCAUUGGUGGUGAAAAGAAAAACUUCAAGAUUCAACACAUCCAGUCAGGAGAAAGAGCAUGGUGGUUGGGAUCACCGGAGCCUACGGAGAAGAAACUUUCAGACAAAUCUGAUUCAGACAGCAACUCUCCUAAAGUCGAACCAGGAAAACCACCUCUAUCGAAAUCCGAGGGCAAUAAGUCAACAUCAGCAUCGGAGACUGAGAUGAAGCCACCUCUUCCACAGAGGCAAUACAAGUUGAAAAAAGCUGAUUCGGGAAGUAGCAGUGAUGUACCCGGGCUAGAAAAAUCACCUAGCUCAAAGUCGCUUAAAAGGGACAAAAGUAAACCAUCACUUUACAAAAUAACGAGAAUUGAAUCAGGUGAGAGGCCAUGGUGGAUUCAAGAAAGUGAGGACAACACUUCAUCGGGUAUACAAGACGUCCCUUCAGAUCUCAGCAAUAAAGAAAUUCCAGUAGAAGAGGUAAAACCUCCAUCACCUCAGAAGCAGUUUAAAAUCUCAAAAAUUGAAUCCGGUGAAAGAGCGUGGUGGCUCGGAGACAGUGAUGAUUCCAAGAAAGAUCCUCAACCUCAAACCCUCGGCAAACCUCCAUCGCCCUCUCCUAGUCGGUUGUCCAAAACAGCGUCUGGAGUUUCCUUACCUGAAGAUUCAACGUCAGAGAAGUCUCCCCAAACUCCACCCAAGCCGUACAGGAUAUCAAAGAUAGAGUCUGGUGAACGGGCUUGGUGGUUGGGAGAGGAAGAGCCUAAGAAGGAACCUCCUUCUGCUCCCAAGUCUUCACCCACUCCUAGAAGAGCGAAGAACCUUCCUCUGUUCAUUGGUAGACACACAAACAUCGACGAUGUCCUCGGGACCCAGGCUCCUCCUCCAGCUGCCUUCAGGACGCCGCAGAACUCAUCUUCUGAUGAUUCAGAAGACAGCAGCGAGGAGGUGUUUGAGAUCAGACCCACGGAUGUUCGUGUCCACGACAGUGUUGCUAUGAAACCUUCUAUAUCAACUACUGUAUGUUUCAGAUUCAGAAGACAGCAGCGAGGAGGUGUUUGA